AUGGACGCGGUACCUUGUCGUGGAAAACCUCGUUUCUCUACUGUGAGUAUCGCGAUCCCUGGAUCGGUUGUUUCCAACUGUCAAACUCGAGAACUACGUACACAAAUGGUUGGCCAGCUAGCGCGAGCGGCAACUAUAUAUCACGUGGAUGAAAUUAUUGUUUUUGACGACAAGCUUGCUAAAGAAAUGAAGCCAGAUCGGGGUUACUACCAACGAAGCAACCAUCAUGGUGGCCGGUCAGAUCCUCACGAAUUUAUGGCACGCGUUUUUCAGUACUGUGAAUGUCCCCAAUACUUGCGCCGGGAUUUCUUUCCCAUGCAUGGUGAUUUGCAGUAUGCUGGACUCUUGGCACCAAUGGAUGCGCCCCAUCAUGUGCGAGUAAAUGACCGGGCGCGAUUUCGGGAAGGCAUUGUCUUGGAAAAAACCUCAUCUACAAACGGGAACUCUCUGGUGCACUGCGGUAUUCGAGGUCGGCCCGUCGAGAUUGAUGUUAAGCUGACGCCUGGCAUUCGGUGUACUGUGCAGCUAGAUCCCAAGGCAUCGUACGAGACUGGGGGCAAGCCCAACAGUAUCAUCCGCGGCGGCAAGGUAGUGUCGCCAUCGGCACCGCGGAAAUUUGAUGGCACCUACUGGGGUUACACAACUCGACUGGCCUCGUCCAUUAAGGCUGUUUUUGACGAAUGUCCUUUUGGAGUAUAUGAUUUAAAGGUUGGGACAAGUGAACGGGGGAGUACUUCGUUGGACGACGGAAAGUUUCGAUUGCCUUCCUACCAGCACGCACUAAUUGUCUUUGGCGGAGUGGCUGGUAUUGAAGAAUGCGUCGACGCGGAUGAGAGUCUCUCGCUGCCGGGGUCGCAAAGCCGAAAGCUGUUUGAUUUGUGGGUGAAUAUUUGCCCUUUUCAAGGAUCACGAACCAUUCGUACCGAAGAAGCAGUGUUGAUAGCAUUGGCCAAACUCAGUCCCUUGCUGAGCACAGCGGUCAGCCCACUC